ACAGUUGCUGUUGCAGCACACUUGAGUCAGCUUUACUGGUGAGAAGUUGCAACACUGAGAACUUACAAAUACAUAUUCUGAAAUAUUAAGUCUCAAAUAUUCUGUUGACAUUUGGUUUGGUUUCAGGCAAUAAAUAAUGUGUAACAAUGUUUCUUGUUUACACGUUGUCUUAAUAUUUUAUUGAGGCCAUGGGAGGAAGUCCAGCCAAAUCUGAACCCCGCCCACCUUCUCCUAAGACUUUUAGAGAACAAUGGAGGAACAUAACAUGGGGCCACAAAGAGAGCGAACUGCAGUUUGUGAUGGAUUAUCAGCCUCAUAAUGCUGAGCUCCAACAUCUCAGAGUCCUGCUUUAUGGACCAGUUGGUUCCGGCAAGUCCAGCUUCAUCAACUCUGUCGACAGUGUUUUGCAAGGCAGAAUGGCUGGUCGGGCUUUGGCAGAUGCAACCUCAGGCGGGAGCUUCACCAAAGAAUACAAAACUUACAAAAUCCAAAAAGGAGGACCAGAGACAUAUUACCCUUUUGCCUUCUCUGACAUCAUGGGCCUUGAGAAGGAAACUAACAGAGGAGUUGGUGUGGAAGACAUCAAACUGGCCAUGAUGGGCCACGUAAAAGAUGGUUACAAAUUCAAUCCUUACUCUACAUUAUCUAAGGAUGAUAAAGGCUACAACGAAACCCCCGCUCUCAACGACAGAGUUCAUGUUCUGGUUUGUGUCGUCUCUGCCAGCACACUAAACAUACUGAGUGCUGAAUCUAUGAAAAAGUUGAGGGAUGUCAGACUUGCAGCCAGCGACAUGGGGAUUCCCCAACUGGCUAUUCUCACCAAAAUUGAUGAAGCCUGUCCAGAGGUCAAAAGAAACAUAAGGAACGUGUAUAAAAGCAAGUACCUGAAGCAACAGAUGGACCAAUUGCAUGUGUCGCUGGGUAUUCCACUAAACUGCAUCUUUCCUGUGAAGAACUACCACUCAGAGAUCGACACAGAUGACGACAUUGAUAUACUGAUAAUGAGCGCACUGAGACAGAUAAUUUACUUUGGAGAAGACUUUGUCAACAACCUGUAGACCUACAUAUAUACUGCAGGGGCAAAUCUUGCUUUAUUACAGCAUGAAAAAAGCCAAUUUGUGAACCUAGAUGUGCUUGUAUAACUCUGACUAUGCUCUUUGAAUUUUUGCAUUAUAUUGUUAGAUAUGCUUUGUUGAUUCAGGUGGUAAUUUCUGGUGUUGUAGUCUCCCAGUAAUCAUGGACAUGGUGAUUAGCAGGUUAAAACUGGGCUAAAUGUGGUUAAAAAGUGAAACUUUUAGACUUCUGGUUACAUAUACUGUACCUGUUGUUCCAACAUCAUUUUCUAUUUGAAUGUUUGGAGCUGCUAUAUAUUGAAUAAUUGUGCUACAGUACUGUUGUUCAGGUAAAACUAUAAUAAAAAACAUAAUACAUGAAA